GGUGGUGUUUUACAGAGCCAACCCACGCCUACAGCAAAUGCUUCCACACCACGAGAACUCGCGUGGGCUCCCAGGGGGGUGAGCAGCACCACGUGAGGAGCUUUGGCGGGUGGAUUUGGUUCCUGCUGGCAACGGGGUGCAGCGAGAGCCCAUGGCCGGGGAGCUGGAGCGCUGGCUCAAUAAAGCCACCGACCCAAGUAUCCCCGAGGAAAACUGGGAAUGCAUCCAGCGGUUCUGUGACCAGGUGAACGCUGACACAGACGGCCCGUCACUCGCCCCGAGGCUGCUGGCACACAAAAUCCAGUCCCCACAAGAGCUGGAGGCUCUUCGGGCGCUCACGGUGCUCGAGACCUGUGUGAAUAUCUGCGGUGAAAGAUUCCACAAUGAAAUCGCAAAAUUCAGGUUUCUGAAUGAGCUGAUUAAAGUGCUUUCCCCAAAGUACUAUGGGAUUUGGACUUCAGAAAAAGUCAAGUCAAGAGUCACAGAAGUAAUAUUCAGUUGGACAGUCUGGUUUCCUCAGGAAGUUAAAAUCCGGGAUGCUUAUCAGAUGCUGAAGAAACAAGGCAUUGUAAAAGAAGAUCCCAAAGUGCCAGAAGACAAAAUUUUACCUCCCCCUUCUCCCAGAUCUCAGAAUUCAAUUUUUGACACAGACGAAGAGAAAUCCAAGCUCCUGGCACGGCUGUUGCGGAGCCGCCGCUCUGAGGACCUGCAGGCUGCCAACCGGCUGAUCCAGAGCACUAUCCGAGAGGAACAAGAAAAGUCAGCUAAGGCAUCCAGAAGAGCGAAUGCCAUCAGUGAAGUUUCUGAUAAUGUUAAACGUAUGGACGAAUUGCUGGAAAGCUACAGGAGACAAGAAUUAUCCAAAUCUGACCAGGAGACCCUACAAACUCUGUUUCAGCGCUGCGAGAAGCUUCGGCCGCUGCUCUUCCGCCUUGCCAGUGAGACAGCUGAUGACGAUGAGGCUCUAGCUGAAAUUCUGCAGGCCAAUGACGAGCUCAUGCAGGCGCUGGGGCGGCACAGGCGGGUGGUCGCUGGCCACGAACACGGGGGUGCAGAUGGCUCAGCCCCCGGCCCCACGGGUGUCACAGCGUGCCAGCCAGCCCCAAAGUGCACGAAGACCUAUGCCCUGAUUGACUUCUCCGAGCUGGAGGCAACACCCCAGUCUCCUGAAGACCAGUUUGCGAUGGUCACCACCUCCCGGCACGGCAGCACCACCUCUGCCUGUCUGCUUGAGGAGGAUUUAACCUCCUUAGGUCUCAGCAACUCUCCUAUUGUACAGAAACCACCACCUGAUUUUGGCUUAGCAGAGCCUGCUGUGCACAAUGGCCACAGUGCAAUGGUGAGCGCAGUUGGAGCGCUGGGGCUGCAGGAGUCGCAGGGCUGGGCUGAUCAGCUCCCUCCACCACCCAGCACCGAGACCUUCUCCCUGGAUUUCUCACCAGUGAAGUUGCCCUUUCCAGAUCCUCCAGCCAGCUCAACAGCAGACACUUCACUGUCCAGCCCUGGCCAGGAGCCGCAGCCUUCUGCCUCUUUGCAUCCAGCUGUCCAUGGCGCGUCUCUAGAAAAUCUUUUUGUUCCUUUAAUUUCAAUUACACCUAGCAGCAUCUGCCCGCUGACCGUGUACGACCGGCACGGGUUCAAGGCCAUGCUCCAUUUCUCUGGAGAACCAGCUCCUGGCCGCCCUGACGUGUUGGUGAUGGUUCUGUCCAUGCUGAGCACAUCAGCUCAGCCAGUUAAGGACAUCGUGUUCCAAGCUGCGGUCCCAAAGACCAUGCAAAUCAAGUUACAGCCGCCAUCAGGCUCUGAGCUGCCUGCCUUCAGCCCGCUUGUCCCGCCCGCUGUGGUGUCCCAGGUCCUGCUCCUUGCCAACCCCCACAAGGAUCCCGUCCAGCUGAGGUACCGACUGGCCUUCAAGCGUGGUGUGCAGCCCUUCAGCGAGGUGGGAGAGGUCACCGGCUUCCCAACCGCGGUGCUCGGGGGCAGGAGCUGAGUUCAGCAGCUGGGACGUUGCCGUGUUGCCUCCGUGGCGGUUGAGAGGGAACUGUGAGCCACCUGGACUCCGUAACGGCCCUUUUCCACGGGACCCACCGUCUCUUCCCGCGGGGUUGUGGGGGGCGGGAGGAUGAUCUCCAGAGCUCCCGUCCCACCCCGGCCCUUCUGUGGUUCUGUGACUGAGGGUGACCUGGCUGCUGCCGCCCCGGCUCUUUGCUGGAGCUGCCGCUGCUCCCCAGGAGCCCAAGCGCUUCUUCCAUCCAAGUGUCCCCUGCUGCUUCCUCGGCCAGUUUUCCCUCUCUUCUGCUACUUUUUAUUUUUGAAUUAAAACAAACAAACCAA